AUGACCUCGCCGUCCACACCACGCUCGACGCGUUCCGCGUCCCCGGGCGGUUCGCCGAACAUUAUUACUCCCGGCCAGAAGAUCAAAGCCAUGAUGGCUGAAUUUGACAGCGACUCAGAUGACGACACCUCAAAUGCCAAAUCCACAUCUGCUGUCACAAAACUCAAUUUAGGGCGAGAUUUCACAUCAAUAACUCAGACACACAAUCACGGUCAAGCACACGACUCGGAAGAUUCAAGUAGUGAAGAUGAAGUCGCCCGCCCUAAGGGCCGUAUGGCUGCUCGUAUGCAGGGCAAUACCACGAAAUCAACCGCUGUCCACGAAACAGAAUCCGCAUUCGCUCGCGUGUCAAAAGCCCUCCGGUCCGAGAGAGAACAGGCCCAGAAGCCGCGGCAGACAGAGUCCACACCCGAUAACGAAUCCAGUGAAGACGAUCUCCCUGCGGCUGGUCCAAGGAGAAAGAACAAUGCCAGAUCUGAAUCGCCCGAAUCCGAUAACGAGCCUACGCAAACUCCUCCCCGUCUAAGAUCCGACUCUCCCUUAUUUGUGUCUUCUCCCGCUGAACCGCAUUAUGACCCCACCCACAGCGACGAUAAUGAUACAGGCGCUGAGUUUAAGCCCAAGGGCAAUUCCCGCUUCCUUUCCCUUGUUGCGCAGAAACGCAAGGAGCGUGAGGAGCGGGAGAAAGCCGAGGCCGAGAAGAAGGCUGCUGCUCGGAAGGCACAGAUGGAACACUUCACCUCAGAGGUCCUUUCUGGCGAGGAAAGCGGCGCUGAUGACCCUGCUUCUGCUCACAAAUUAUCUCAGAAGGCUCGUCAACCCCGCAAGGCGAGCAAGAAAGCUUUGGAUGAAAUGAGACAGGAGACGCAGCGCAUGAGCCGUAAUAUGCAACUGGCUCAUCAGGCUAAGACCAAGAAGAAGAUUACGAAGGAGAGUCUCUUUGCACGAUUCAACUUCAUGCAACCUGAACCCUCGGCCACCGAACAACCUGCCGCAAACUCGUCGUCCACUGCCGGCUCGCAGAACUCAUCUGAUGGAGAAUUACGCAAGCUCAAAAACACCCCGCAAACUUCUCCAGUUUUUGGCGGAGCUGACGAGAUCAAGACGACUGCUCCUGGCUCCGACGCUCAGACACAAGCCACCGAUGUCGACAUGGAUGAGGGCCAGGAUCUACCCACUGUCGAUGAAUUGGUAGCUGGGAAGUCUGACGCCGCACAACCUCAAGAACCUGAAGUCAAACAGGUUUCUCUUUCUGUGCCCGAAGCCACCCAAGAAAAGAAAGUCUCUCGUCCACUCACUCAACCGCCUAUUCGCGUACUGCUUUCCCGACAAGCAGUUGCUGCGAAUACCAACGGUGACGAUGAUUCUGAUAGCGACCUCGAGGUGGUUACUUCUCCUGGCAAGUGUCGUCGUAUUGCAGCAUUUGAAAACCUUCCCACCCGUCAGAUGCAAGAAGACCCUGGUACUACCAGGCUCAAGGCAUUGGCACACUUGACCUCUCCCUCGCGCAAGCGGGCCACAAUGAACAAUGCAGAGCUUUCUGCCAGCCUAUUGCUCAAAGCGCGACAGCAAGCGGCCAAGGAGCGCCGUGAGCGAAUCGACGAACUCCGGGCUAAGGGUGUCGUCAUUGAAACCGCCGAGGAGCGCGCCGCCAUGGAGGAUGAUAUGGAGAACCUUGUUGAGAAAGCUCGCAAAGAGGCAGAUGAGAUUGCUCGUCUCGAGCGGGCUGCUAAGAACAAGAAUGGACAGAAUAACGACGAUGACGAGGAUGAAGAUGAUGACUAUCAGCUUUCCGGGUCAGAUGAAGAGGCCUAUGGCGAAGGCGAUGAUGAAGAUGAAGAGGAGGAAACUGGCAGCUUAAAUGGGAAGGCCGGGCUUGUCGAGCAGGAGGCAGACGAAGACGACGAGUCUGCCGAUGAUGAGAGUGAAGAUCUACCCUCAGACACUGAAAAAGAGCAUCCCGCUUCUGCCAGACGCAAGCGCCGAACACGAGUUAUCAGUGAUGACGAAGAUGAAGAAGAUCAGCCCCAGGUGCCAUCAACGCCCGUGAGAGCCCCGAGCCAUGUCUCGCAGUCUGCUGAACGUCCUAAAUUCCCUGGUCUGGGAACACCUGGUGAUAUGUCUCUCGGUCUUACUCAGGCCUUUGCCUCUACGCUAGACGGCAGUGGCGCCGAAAGUCAACCGGGAUCUGCCACCAUCCCCUUCUUCUUGCCUGACCCGGGUCGUCCUACGCCCCAGCUGCAGAAGGAAGAAUCAGAGGUUCUUGUACCCGACAGCCAGGAACAGCCACAAAACAAAGACUUCAUGGAAGGUUACUCGCAGAGCAUCACCCGGGUAUCAGAGUCACCCGCUCCACACAAUUUCCAGGAGUACUCUCAACUGCCUGACCCAACCCAAGACGAAGGAUUUGUCUUCUCGCCAUUUGAUCCUGCAAAAAGAUGGAGAGAUACUCCUCCUGCGUCAACCAUCGAUACAGUUCUCGUUAAUCAGAGCCAGUCGCCUAUUGUGGAGCGAAAGCGCAAGAUGUUGCGCCGAGGCCGCGCCACUGAACUCUCUCAGGUCGAGGAAGCUGAGCCUGAGGGUGACUUUGAGAUCAAUGCCAAUGCAUUUGAUGUCAUGAAGAAGGAUAAGGCUACGAAGAAGCAGCCUGCGCCUGAAUAUAACAAGAAGAGCAGCAAGGCGAAGGAUAUCGUGGAUGAGGCUGCCGAGGAAUCCGAGGAUGAAUAUGCUGGCCUCGGAGGUCACAGUGAUGACAGUGAUGGCGAAGAAGAUGCUAUUGAUCGCCAGAUGAUCAACGACAACAGUGGCGAGGUGGUUGACGAGAAGCAGCUCGCCGCACUCAACGCUGUGCAUGAUCGUAACCGUGACGAGAAGGACGUUGCAAAGCUCAUGAGAGACAUCACCACUGGAGCCCUACGUCGCCGCAAGAAUGCCAAUGAUGACUUCGAUCUUGACGAUUCGGACGAUGAGCACUUGGCACGCCGCCGUGAAAAGCAACGCGAAUUCGCCAAGAUGCGUCGUGCUCUUCUUGCAGAUGAGAAGAUUGGCGAGAUUGCCGAAAACCCCAAGAAAGCGGCAUUUUUCAAGGCUGUUGAGGAUCGCGAGAUCGAUGAUGAUUUCAAUAUUGACUUCCUCGAGGAAGAAGAGGGCGGUUCUCAAGUAGAAGCAUCCCAAGAUACUGCAUCAGAGGAACAGUUAAAAGAUGCAUCAGCUGAGGCCAAGAAGCGCAAGCGCCCUCUUGAGCCAUCCGACGAAGAUUCCACCAACCGACCCCCACCAAAUCUCCGCCGCACUCCUGCUAGCGCAAUGUCCAAGAAACCAGCUACCCUCGCGGAGAUCCGUGAGACCUUAUCCUUCCUCACAGAAACGCCCGAGUACGACUCCUUCCACGAGGAUGCCUCCCUCGACGAGGACGGUGCCGACCACGAGGAAGAAAGCGAAAACACAUCCGGCGCCGAAGAAGGCCACUCAGAAGACCAACAAUCAGACACAACCUUCGCCAAACCCAGCCACCCACGCCGAACACGCGGAGUGGUCGUGGACCGCCUCGCACUCCUCCGCCAAGCAUCCUCCAACUCCGCAACAAACACCUCCGGAUCUGGAAAUGGCAAGAUGGCAUUUUCAACGGGGAACAGCGAAGGUCCGAUUGGAUUCCGUCCUCCCCAGCUCUUGCGCCGUGUAACGACCGGCUCUUCCUCUUCCAGCAACUCAAGCACUACCUCCAACCGCGUUCCCAAGGCCGCAGCUUCAGGACCGAAGAAGGGCGGUGCUGUCAAUUCAUACACAGCCGCGCGUGAGCGUGAGCGUGAGAAGGAGCUGCGUAUCAAGCAGCGGAAUGGUGGGUCCAAUAUUGCGAAGUUAUUGAAUAAGCAUACUGGCGGCGGACUCGGUGCUUUGGGCAAGGGUCAAUGGGAUUAG